CAUUGGCCAUGCCAUUGGCUCUCGCCGAUAAAAAGGAUGGGGAUCGCAGCCGCAAGCAUGGCUUAACCAUUUUAACACCCAGCGCUAGCACAGUAUUAAGUUACAUGCUGUGAUUUUGUAAUUAAGGUAGCAAGCAUUUCUUUUAAGUUUAAUUAUGUCGGAGUUAAAUUCAAUCGUCCUUGAAGAAUAUGGCCCAAAUUUCCGAGUUCUUAAGAGGAAUGACCAGACUUGUGAAUUGCAAACAAUAAUUCGUGACAGGAACACUAACCGCAAUGAUUUCAAAUUUUAUGCAGACAGAUUGAUUCGCCUUGUAAUAGAAGAAAGCCUGAAUCAACUUCCAUAUUCACCAACUUCUGUUAUUACUCCUAUUGGAUUUCCAUAUGAAGGACUACAAUUUGAGAAAGGAAAUUGUGGAGUAUCAAUUGUCAGAAGUGGAGAGGCUAUGGAGCAGGGAUUAAGGGAUUGUUGUAGGUCAAUGAGAAUUGGAAAAAUAUUGAUUGAUUCUGAUCAUGAUACACAUGAAGCUAAAGUUGUAUAUGCUAAAUUUCCUGAAGACAUUGCUCAAAGGAAAGUGCUUCUUAUGUAUCCAAUUAUGAGUACUGGUAAUACGGUGGUCAAGGCAGUUAGUGUACUAAAAGACCACUCGGUACUCGAAGAAAACAUAGUCCUUGCCAAUCUCUUCUGCACUCCACCAGCUACCCAAACAAUAGUGACGGCUUUUCCUCAAAUGAAAAUUUUGACCUCUGAGAUUCAUCCAGUUGCACCUAAUCAUUUUGGACAAAAAUACUUUGGAACUGAUUGAUUAUACUGAAAUGUCUAA